GAACAGCAUCAUACUGUUGCAGUACUUUCUGCUGUAUGAAGGGAGUACAAUCUCUGUCUGUCUCUCCCUCUCUCCCUCUGUCUGUCUCUCUGUCUCCCCCCCUCUCUCUCUCUGUUACUCCGCCUCUCUCUCCCCUCACUGAGCCUCACUAACUUUCGGAGCUCAGGAGGAGUUUGGACAUUUCCGCAGCUCCUCUGCCUUAAAGAAAGGGAUCGUUAUUAAAGGAACCGUUUUUAAGGAUCUGUUUGGAGCUGGUGGUUCCCCCGGUGCGGGAGCAGAGGAGCAGCCGGGAUUCUUCACUUCUCUCCGGCUAACAGAGCCACAGCAGGCCGGGCAGCGCACCGGAGCUCAGAGCACUUUCUCCCCGCAGCCAGAGCUGCAACAUGGGCUGUGAGAGCACCAGGACGCUCUGCCUGCUGCUCGCAUGGCAGCUGCUCACUGUGACGCAGGCCUCCAAGGUGUGGGGGGAGGUUCCUCUGCCCGAGGACCUGGAAGGUGGGGCGGCCCUGCAGGCCUCACAUGGCCUGCUGGACGACGACGAGGACUUUGCCGCCGAUGAGGCUUCAGGAGAUCUCCCCAGCGGAGAGGAUGACGGCAGCACACCGUGGCCCCAGGUCUCCGAGAGCACAAUUUAUUACCGAGCGCUCGUUAACUUCACCAACUCUCUGGUGUACGGCCCGGAGCUCGAGGACAUCUUCUCCCCCGCCUUCAACGAGAUCUCCGAGGCUGUUGUGGACACGCUGGAGUCGGACUACAACCGGAUCCCAGGAGUUCAGAUGGUCAGCGUGGUGCUCAUCAAGAAGAUGAUCAGGGAGGAUGGCGUGGACGUCUUCGUGGAGCUGGACGUUGGCUCUGACUACAACAGUAACGACGAGCAGAUCCGCAGCGUGCUGUAUAACGUGGUGAAGGAGGGCGCCAUCGCCUCCUACGUCACCUCGGUGCAGGGCUUCCAGUUCAGACAGCUGGGGGAAGUAACCCCCGGCAUCAGACCCUGCAUGGCUGAUGAACACAGGUGUGGUGACGGCACCUGCAUCCUGAUGGAGUAUCUGUGUGACAACAGGGCCGACUGCCGAGACAUGAGUGAUGAGAACAACUGUGAAACAAGGCAGACCAUUCCUCCGGUCUUCACCACGACUCCCACCACGACCACCAGCAGCAGCAGGAAGCCUGUGCGGCCCCCCAGCCCCCCGGGGCCCUGCAGGGCGGACCAGGCCACCUGUCAGAGCGGGGAGUGCAUCCCCCGAGAUUACAUCUGUGACGGAGAGAGGGACUGCUCCGACGGUAGCGACGAGUUCAGAUGUGGAACUCCCUCGCCCUGUGAACCCAACGAGUUCAAGUGUAAGAACGGCCGCUGCGCCCUCAAGCUGUGGCGCUGUGACGGAGACAACGACUGUGAGGACAACUCGGACGAGACGGACUGCCCCACGAAGGGCCCCGGGGACCGCUGUGCUCCGGAGCAGUUUGAGUGUCUGAGCGACCGGACCUGCAUCCCGGCCAGCUAUCAGUGCGACGACGAGCCGGACUGCCCCGACCGAUCGGACGAAUACGGCUGCACCCCUCCCACUGUGACCAGCCCGCCGGAAGAGUCCGUUCAGGCGGCGCGGGGGGGGACGGUGACGUUCACCUGUCAGGCUGUGGGAGUGCCCACCCCCAUCAUCACCUGGAGACUCAACUGGGGGCACAUCCCCCUCAGUGGCAGGAUCUCCAUGACCAAUGAGAACGGCCGCGGCACGCUGACGAUCCGCGACGUGAAGGAGGCGGAUCAGGGUGCCUACACCUGUGAGGCUAUCAACGCCAAAGGACUAGUGUUCGGGAUCCCCGACGGCGUGCUGACACUCACUUCCUCUCCUAACCCAGGGAACUGUCCUGCAGGUCACUUCAGUGUUAAGGGUCGCUGCGUGUCCUGUUUCUGUGCCGGUCUCUCCAAGAACUGCAAGGCCACCGGACGCUACCGGAACCAGAUCAGCCUGCGUUUCACGGAGGAGGAGGACUUCAAAGGAGUGAACGUCACCUACCCGUCCCGACCCGGCACCCCACCUCUGUCCUCCACCCAGCUGCUGGUGAACCCGGAGCUGCAGGAGUUCCAGCUGGUGGAUCUGUCCAGACGGUUCCUCAACCUGGACUCCUUCUGGACGCUUCCCCGGCACUUCCUGGGGAACAAGGUGGACUCGUACAGCGGCUCUCUGAAGUUUAAGAUCCGCUACACUCUGGCCCGCGGACUCUCAGAGCCGGUGGAGAAGCCGGAUGUGAUCCUUGUUGGGAACGGACGCCGGCUGGUUUAUCGACGAGGCAGCCCCACCCCCGCCCGGGUGGUGAACCAGAGGGAGAUCAGCUUUACCGAGGACAAGUGGCAGCACUCCAACGGGCGCCCGGUGACUCGGGAGGACCUCCUGAUGACCCUCGCUGACCUGGACAGCAUCAGCAUCAGAACCAUCUACGAUAACCACAUGGUGAGCGUGGCCCUCAGCGACAUCAUCAUGGAGACCACCACCGUGCAGUUCAGCACCAUGGGACACGCGUACGACGUCGAGGAGUGCAGGUGUCCCCCCGGCUAUUCCGGUCUGUCCUGUGAGUCGUGCUCCUCUGGUUUCGAGCGGGUUCCUGGAGGUCAGUACCUGGGAACGUGUGCUGGCUGUAACUGCAACGGACACGCCAGCGCCUGCGACCCAAUCAGCGGACACUGUCUGAGCUGCCUGCACAACACGGAGGGUCCUCAGUGUGAUAAAUGUCGCUCCGGAUACUUCGGGGACCCGAGCCGAGGCCGACCCGACGACUGCAAGCCGUGCCCCUGCCCUUACUACGAGACCUCCCGCCGUUUCUCUGACAGCUGCUUCCUGGAUGUGGACCAGCAGCCCACAUGUGACGCCUGCAGGCCCGGGUACACAGGGAGACGCUGCGAGAAGUGUGCUCCUGGUUACCAGGGUAACCCGCUCCUGCCUAACGGGAAAUGUAUUCGUGUCCAAGGCUCUAAGUGUGACAGCAGAGGAAGCAUCAGCUCCAGCAGCUCCCCGUGCAGCUGCAAGAACAAUGUUGCAGGCGCUCUGUGUGACAAGUGUAAGGCGGGUUUCUUCCACCUGUCAGACCGCGCUGAGGGCUGUCUGCGCUGCUUCUGUAUGGGCGUCACCAAGAGCUGCUCCAGCUCCACCUGGAGCCGCGACCAGGUGCGGGGGUCCGGGCAGCAGUUCUCCCUCUCUAACAGCAGGAACACUGACACCAUCACAGAGGGGGUUUCUCAGAGAGGCUCAGAGGUUUCGUACCGAGCCUUCAGCGGCCUCCCCAGCGACGUGUACUACUGGCUGCUGCCCCCCAGCUUCAGGGGGGACAAGGUGACGGCGUACGGCGGCGAGCUGCGCUACACGCUGCGCUUCGAGCCGCUGCAGCGCUCGCUGGCCAUCGACGGGCAGCCGGACGUCGUGCUGCAGGGGAACGGGAUCUUCCUGGAGCACUACUCCCAGACCAGACCCCAACCCAGAACCCCUACCACCGUGUCCGUCACCUUCAGAGAGUCCUCAUGGCGGCGCGCUGACAGUCAGCCCUGCACCAGGGAACAUCUUCUGAUGGCACUGGCCGACGUCUCCGUCUUCAUGAUCAGAGCUUCCUACUCCGACCUGAUGGCUGAGAGCAGUAUCUCGGACAUCAAGAUGGACGUGGCAGUCCCUCACUCCACGGGGAAGGAGCGAGCUCUGGAGGUGGAGGAGUGCUCCUGUCCUCAGGGGUACACCGGACCCUCCUGCCAGGAGUGUGAUGUGGGCUACACCCGCUCCAGCUCCGGUCUCUACUUGGGAACCUGCGACAGGUGUGACUGCAACGGACACGCUAACGGCUGCGACUCGGAGACAGGGCGCUGUCUGUGUCUCCAUAACACCGCAGGGCCGAGGUGUGAGCGCUGUCAGACUGGUUUCUAUGGGAACCCGGUGACGAGCGGCGCUCAGGCCUGUCAGCCAUGUCCGUGUCCUGGAACGACUUCAAGCAACCAGUUCUCUUCCACCUGUCACCUGGAGGCUGACGGUCAGCCCACCUGUGAUAACUGCCCCCCCGGGUACACGGGCCGGCGCUGUGAAAGAUGUGCUGCAGGAUACAGUGGAAAACCCCUGCUGGGACAGAGAUGCACUGUUGGCAACAACGAAGUCAAUGGUAACUGCUAUAACUGCGACCAGAGAGGAAGGGAGAGCUGCAAUGGGGGCGUGUGCCGCUGCAAGAUGAACGUUGAAGGCUCGUCCUGCUCCACCUGCAAGCCUGGAACCUUCCACCUAAGCGCUGACCACAAAGACGGCUGCCUGUCCUGUUUCUGCAUGGGUGUCACUCAGCAGUGCUCCAGCUCCACCCACUACAGAGACCUGGUGUCCACAGUCUUUACUCCAGGAAACUUCCAGGGCUUCGCUCUGGUGAACCGUCAGCGCACCAGCCGCAUCUCCACCGGCUUCACCGUGGAGGUCUCUAACGAGGGAACCCAGCUGUCCUACACCAACUUCGACUACCUGGGCCAGGAGCCGCACUACUGGCAGCUCCCCGACGUCUACCAGGGGGACAAGGUGGGCUCUUACGGAGGGAAGCUGAAAUACACCGUCUCCUACGUGGCGGGACCCCGGGGAACGCUGAUUGACGACGGAGACGUUCAGAUUAUCGGAAACGACAUCACUCUGGUGGCCCGGCAGCCGUGGCCCCGGAGGGCGGGGGGCAGCAGAGAGACGCAGCGCUUCGAGGUCACCUUCACUGAGGAUAACUGGCGCCGCCCUGACGGGAUGCCGGCAACCCGGGAGCACCUGCUGAUGGUUCUGGCCGAUCUGGACGACGUGCUGAUCCGGGCGUCGUUCUCCAGCGAGAUGAUCUCCUCCAGCCUAUCAGAGCUCAGCAUGGACGUCUCCGUGCCCAACUACAGCGGGCUGCAGCGCAGCCUGGGGGUGGAGCAGUGCCUCUGCCCCCCCGCCUACCAGGGCCUGUCCUGCCAGGACUGUGCCCCCGGUUACACCCGGACAGGGGGGGGUCUGUACCUCGGUCACUGUGAGCUGUGUGAGUGUAACGGUCACUCCGACUCGUGCCACCCCGAGACCGGGAUCUGCACGACCUGCCUGCACAACACCCAGGGAGAGCUGUGUGAACAGUGCGCCCCCGGGUUCUUUGGAGACCCAACAGCCGGGACCCCCGAGGACUGCCAGGCCUGCGCGUGCCCCCACACCGACCCGGACCACCAGUUCUCCCCCACCUGUGAGAGUCUGGGUAACGGAGGGUACCAGUGCACCGCCUGCCAGCCGGGCUACACCGGGCAGUACUGCGAGCGCUGUGCUCAGGGCUACGUGGGGAACCCCCAGGACAGAGAGAGGUGUCGUCCGAACGAUGCUGCUGCCUCUCUGGUGGUGAAGGUUUACCCCGAGAGGGUCCUCUCCUCUCAGGGGGGGUCGGUCACUCUGCGCUGCCAGGUCUCUGGUUCUCCUCCGCACUACUUCUUCUGGUCCAGAGAGGACGGCAGGUCCAUCUCCCCCAGAGCCGACCGACGCAGACAAGGAGCAGAGCUGUACUUUCCCAGCGUGCAGCCCAGUGACGGAGGCGUGUACGUGUGCACGUGCCGAGACGAGCGCAGCACCAACCGCAGCCGGGCGGAGAUCGUGGUCACAAGUGUCCCCUCCAAAGCCAUCGAGGUGACCGUGGAGGAGCCUCAAUCUCAGACCGUCAGGGUGGGGGCCACCGCCAGCUUCAUCUGCACUGCCAAGAGCAAGUCUCCGGCCUACACCCUGGUUUGGACCCGUAAAGGGAACGGGAAGCUUCCUAACCGGGCGAUGGACUUUAACGGGAUCCUGACGGUGCAGAACGUGCAGCCGGAGGACGCCGGCGUCUACGUCUGCACCGGCUCCAACAUGUUCGCCAUGGACGAGGGCACCGCCAUCCUCUACGUGCCAGAGGCCUCACAGACUCAGAUGUUUUACACAGCCUAUGAAAUGUUUGAAGGACACGGGAAGCCUGCAGAGGGUGCCCUGCCGGUGGCCAGCGUCUCCCCGACCGUCCUGAACGUGGUGCAGGGUCAGCGGGCAGAGUUUCUCUGCACCGUGACCGGAAACCCCGCCGCAGCCAUCGAAUGGAUCGGGGGUCCGGGGAACAGGAUGAGCCCCCGGGCUGUGGUGCGAGGAGGCGUCCUGAGCUUCAGUGCCGUGGACCCCGCUGAUGAGGGGGAGUACACCUGCAAGGCCCUGAACACCCACGGGGAAAACACAGUGCGGGUCUCCCUGUUUGUGCAAAAGUCCAACCCCGGCGGCCUCGGCACGCAGCCGCAGGUUCAGGUCAGUCCUCAGAACAUCGAAGCCCACGAAGGAGACAACGUCCGCCUGUACUGCCGGGCGACAGGAUCCCCCACCCCGAAGCUCACCUGGCUGAAGAACGGGGGUCAGAUCCCUGCUCAGGCCAUUCCCUCUCUCGGUUUCCAUCAGUUUAAAAGCAACAGUCUCGAUGUGUUACAGAGACGUAUUGAGGAGCUGCAGUCUCGUAUGGACCGCACAGACAUCGGCACUCUGUUCAUCCCCAACAUCCAGAGGUCGGACUCUGGGACCUACAUGUGUGUCGGCAGCAACAGUGUGGGCUCCAACAGCUCCCCCAUCAAGGUGUCCGUGCUCAAAGCGGACCACGUCUCCUCGGCGGUCACCAUCCAGCCGUCCAUCGCUGACGUUCAGGAGGGUCAGAGUCUGGAGCUCAACUGCUUCGCUCCCGGGAACCCCCCCCCUCAGGUCACCUGGAGCAAAGCCAGCGGACGCCUCUCCUCCAACCACCAGGUGCUGGGGAGUCAGCUGAGGAUCCUGGCGGCCUCUCCGGAGGACUCGGGGGAAUACGUGUGCCGAGUUCAAGGACACUCUGGAAACUCUAACUUCCAGCAGGCGUCCGUCUCCGUGUCCGUCACCUCGUCCUCCUCCCGUCUGCAGAGUCCUAUCAUCGCCAUCGAGCCGCACAGUGCCGCCGUCCGGGUCGGGGAGUCGGCCAGCUUCAGGUGCAGAAUUUACACCGGAGCUCAGCCCAUCAGACUGGAGUGGAAGCUAGCCAACAACCAGCCUCUGCCCGAUAAUGUGGAGGUGAGUCCGGACGGAGUCGUGAUGACCAUCUCUAGAGCCCGCCCUCUGAAUCACGGGGCGUACCGUUGCGUCGCCAGCAACCCAUUCGGCAUCACACAAACCAUCGUGUCCCUGAUCGUCAAAGAGUCUCCUGUGGCCACUGUCACACCGGUGGGGCCCCUGCGCAUCAGGGUGGGAGACCCCGUUAACCUGGAGUGCCAGGCGGCCGGAGAGCCCCACCCCUCGGUGUCCUGGCACCGGCUGGACCGGAACCGCAAGACCAUGCUGAGCAGCCCCCUCCCCAUGGAGGGUAACGCCGUCAUGCAGAUCCUGGCGGCGCGCCCUGAAGACAGCGGAACGUACGUCUGCACGGCUCGUAGUAACGAGGGCAGCUCGGAGACUCGGGUGGAGGUGGUGGUGGAGGGAAGCCCUCAGGAGCCCUCGGCCCCCCGGGCCUCCAUCCCCGAGCCCCUGAUGGUGGUGGUGGAGGGGCAGACGGCCACGAUGCGCUGCGAGGCCCACGGUGUCCCAUCCCCGACCAUCAGCUGGUCCAAGCUGCGCUCCCCCCUCCCCUGGAGACACUCUGUGGUGGGGGGCAGUCUGGUUCUCCCCUCUGUGGGACGCCAGGACUCUGGAGAGUAUAUCUGCAGCGCCACCAACAGCAUGGGGACGACCGAGGUCACCGUCACUCUGGACGUAGAGACCCCCCCCUACGCCACCUCCAUGCCCGAUGACGUGUCUGUGCGGGUGGGGGAAGUGAUCCGGCUGCAGUGCCUGGCUCACGGAACCCCCCCCCUCAUCUACACCUGGACCAAGCUGGACGGAGACCUGCCCCCCAGAGCUCAGGUCAGCGGGGGAGACCUGCAGAUCAACCUGGCCACCGCCGAGGAUGCUGGGAGUUAUAAGUGUGUGGCCAGCAACAAGGUGGCCGCCAGCGAGGUGAUCGCUCGAGUCACUGUGAGAUCCCCUCUGGCGGUGAAGGUCUCCCCCCAGGUGGAGGUGAAGGCUCAGGGCAGCGCGGUGGAGUUCACAUGUUCUGCAGCUGGGGGGCUGGAGACUAAGGUGGAGUGGCUCAAGGAGGGAGGAGCUCUGCCCCCCAACCACCACAUCAAGGACGGCGUGCUCAGGAUUGAGAACCUGGAGCAGAGCAAUGAAGGCGUUUAUAUCUGCAGAGCCAGCAGUGCGUACGGACAGGCUCAGGACACCGCCAGACUCACCAUCCAAGCCCUGCCGAAGGUGAUGAUAAACGUUCGUACGUCGGUGCAGACGGUGAUGAUCGGUAACUCGGUGGAGUUUGAGUGCCAGGCGGUGGGCGACCCGGAGCCCACGGUGAAGUGGAGUAAAGUGGGGGGGUCGCUGCCCUCCCACAUCAUGGUGAAGGGCGGCAUGCUGAGGAUUGACCAGGUCACGGAGGCCGACGCCGGCCAGUACCGCUGCACCGCCACCAACAACGUGGGCUCCGUGCAGAGCCAGGUGGUGCUCAACGUCCAGUCUCUCCCUCAGAUUGCAUCGCUGCCUGAAACUAAAGAGGUGACAGUCGGCUCGGACGCUGUGCUUCCCUGCGUGGCAUCCGGAUACCCUGUACCGCAGAUCAAAUGGUCCAAGGUGGAAGGAGAGCUUCCUCCCAAGUGUUUCCAGGAUGUCAACGUCCUGACGGUUCCUCGGGUCACCCCCGAGGAUUCUGGGACAUACGUGUGCACCGCCUCCAACAAGCAGGGGAAGGUGGAGGCCUUUACUUCGCUGCAGGUCCACGAGAGAGUGAUGCCAUACUUUGCCCAGGAGCCGCUGUCCUACCUGACCCUGCCCACCAUCAAGAACGCCUACCGGGCCUUCAGCAUCCGGAUCUCCUUCAGGCCCGAUAACGGAGACGGUCUCAUAUUGUACGCUGGGAUGAUCCUCUAUAACGGCCAGAAGAGGAGCACCGGAGCGGACUUCAUCUCUCUGGGACUGGUGGGGGGACGGCUGGAGUUCAGGUUUGACGUUGGCUCGGGCAUGGCUACCAUCAGAGACCCCUUACCCGUUAAACUGGGGGAGUUCCACACGGUGGAACUGCAGAGGAACAACACGCUGGGGUCUAUCCGGGUGGACGGGGGGGAGCCCAUCACCGGGAAGUCACAGGGGAAGUUCCAGGGUCUGGAUCUGAAUGAGGAGCUGCACGUGGGGGGGUACCCCAACUACACCAGCCUGGCCAAGACCGCCGGCAUCAAAAGCGGCUUCGUGGGCUGCGUCCGGCAGCUGCUGAUCCAGGGGGACGAGGUCAUCUUCAAGGACCUGCAGCGCAGCUCCACCGGGGUCUCCAACUGCCCCACCUGCAAGGACCAGCCCUGCCAGAACGAGGGUCGCUGUGAGGACUCAGAGGCCAGCCUGUAUCAGUGCAGUUGCCCCCGAGGGUUCACCGGGAGCAACUGCCAGCACCACUCCUCCCUGCACUGCCAUGCAGAGGCCUGCGGUCCCGACGCCACCUGCAUCAACCGUCAGAACGGGCUCGGGUUCGACUGCCGCUGCCACCUGGGGAAGUCUGGAGAGAGGUGCAUGCAAGGCGAGCUGGUGACGACGCCCCUGUUUGACGGCGACGCCUCGUACAUCGCCUACCCUCCCCUCACCAUCGUGCACGACGACCUGCGGGUGGAGCUUGAGUUCAAGCCGAUGCGCGCCAACGGCCUGAUGUUCUUCUGCGGGGGGAGGAAGAUGAAGGUGGAGGACUUCGUCUCCGUGUCCAUGGUGGACGGACACGUGGAGUUCAGAUAUGAGCUGGGGACAGGCCAGGCGGUUCUGCGCAGUGCCGACCCCGUGUCUCUGGGCCAGUGGCACCGGGUGGUUGCCGAGCGGAUCAAGAGGGCGGGGGUCUUGCAGGUGGACCGGGGGCCAAUGGAGAGGAAGACGUCUCCAGGGAAAGCCCAGGGCCUCAACAUCCACACACACAUGUUCCUGGGGGGGGUCCCCACCACCGACAUCCUGCCCAAACCCGCCAACAUCAGCCACAUGUUCCAGGGCUGCAUCGGAGAGGUGUCGAUCAACAACAAGAAGGUGGACCUGUCCUACAGCUUCACGGAGAGCCGGGGGGUCUCCGGCUGCGUGGACAGCAGCCCCUGUGACCGCAGACCCUGCCUCAACGCGGGGACCUGCAUGUCCAGCGCCGAGUACGAGUACCAGUGCCUCUGCAGGGACGGCUUCGAUGGGGAGCGCUGUGAGGUAGUGAAGGAGGCGUGUCAGAACAACCUGCAGUGUCUGCACGGAGGCAGCUGUGAGGACGGACAGUGUGUGUGUGCAGCCGGACACACAGGCCCCAACUGUGAGGAGAGUAAGUACUGAGCAGCUUCACCAACCUCCCCCCCCGCCGCCCUGGUGAAUUUGGAGGGUAGCGAGUCCAAUGAUUCCCCAUACCAGUAUGCAGCUCACUUCCAGGCUGAUGGAUACAUAGCUCUCCCUAAAACCGUGUUCCCCAGAAGUGCCCACGACUCUCCGGAGACCAUCGAGCUGGAGAUCAACACCAGCUCCUCCGAGGGUCUGAUCCUGUGGCAGGGAGUGGAGACCAAAGGCGCUCGCAAUUUGCGAAAGGUGCAUGCUAAGGAGGCGGGAGAACGCGGCAAAGGGAAAGACUUCAUCAGCCUUGGCCUGCAGGACGGACACCUGGUCUUCAGUUACCAGCUGGGCAGCGGAGAGGCGGUGAUCCGGUCCCAGAGGUCCAUCAAUGAUGGGAGGUGGCACAAGAUCACGGCAGUCAGGACUGGGAAAGACGGGUACAUCCAGAUCGACGGAGGAGCCGAGCUGCACGGUCAGUCCAAAGGCCGGAGCCUCAUGGUGAACACCAAGGGCAGCUUAUACCUGGGCGGGGCCCCCGACAUGGCGGCCAUGACAGGGGGGAAGUUCCUGUCGGGGGUGCGGGGCUGCGUGAGGAACCUGGCCGUGAUGAACGCCCGGCCGGGGCAGCAGCCGGCACGGGCUAUCGACCUGCAGACACACGCAGCGGGCGGCGUCAACGUGCAGCCCUGCGCCUCAUAGACACACUCACACAUACACACACACACACACACACACACACACUCAGACACACACACACACACACACACACACAGACUAUGGAGUGAUGUCACACACACACACACACAGAUGGGCACCUCCUGCAGCCUGAAGGCGGCCUGCAGGAGGCGCUGUCUCUCGGUGUGCAGUCUAACCAAAAAGCCGAUCUCACCACGUCUGCUCCUCAGCGCUCGUUCUGCCGGAGGACCGUGAGCACGGGAAGACCGCUCACACGCUUCCUGCAGUAGCUUUAGCCGUGAGAAGUUUAACAUGUUAGGCCUUGGAUGGCGCAGAUCCUAUGGAGGAGGAGAAGAUUUUACAGCACUGAAUUUUUAUUUAUAUACAUAUGAAUAUAUAUAUUAUAUUUGUGGGGGGAGACAUGCUGACUAACCACACCUGCUCUCCAGCUCCCGGGGGUCGCUCUGGGCUCUAUACUGUGUGUCAGGCCUGACUGUGGUAAUCCUUGAAGAGGUUCAGGCCUUCUUUCUUCACUUCUGUAGAGGAAACCUUUGCUUGUUUCUGUGAGCAUGCGUUCAGGCUGUAAGGGUUUGUUGUGGGACUCCGAGCAAUCACAGCCCCUGUCGCUCUGCCCUCUGAUGCAGAGCAAACCUUGGUGCUAACGUCAGACCUGAAGGUGCAUCUGUUUCAGUCUCACGUGUCGAUGUGCACGGCCUCUGAGGUUUUUAAUUCUGGUCUGCAGCCUCAGAGUGAGUGGGUGUUGUGGAGCAGCUUGAGAAGAGUGAAAGGUGUCAUUUUUUAUGUGUGUAAGAUGUGUGUGUCAAACUAUCUGCCAGACAGGUAGACGUCUCCAGGUAAUGAGUGUGUCUCAGCUGCUUCCAUUUACCACAGGUCAAACUGCUUUACCCCCUGUGUGUGUGUGUGUGUGUGUGUGUGUGUGUGUGUGUGUGUGUGUGUGUGUGUGUGUGUGUGUGUGUGUGUGUGUGUGUGUGUGUGUGUGUGUGUGUGUGUGUGUGUGUGUGUGUGUGUGUGUGUGUGUGUGAUGGCUCGUGUUGCUUGUAAGCUUUAACAAUCAUUCAGGAGUAAUUGUCUGCAGGCUCUGUGGUUUCUGUAUUUGCAGCAGGGCUGCUCCCCUAUAACCUCUCCAGCGCCCCCCGGUGGUUGGCUGCAGUACUCCCUAUAAGUCCCGCCUCUGCUUGAGCAUUUUUAAAAAGUCAAAGUACACGGAUAACACUUUUUCCAGGAGAUGGUUUGUCUGGUGUUGGUUAGUUGUUGUCACACUGAUGUAAAAGUGCGUUUGAUUUGAAUCUGGUCCAGCUGUGCUCUGGGGGAAAGAACUUGUCUUAAUGAUAGACACAUUUGAUCAUACCUGUAUUUAGCUGUUAAAUACAGGUAUGAUCAAAUUAUGUAUUCAGUUUAUUUGUGUUGUAGUCUUGACCCUCCACCUUUUCCAGCACACCUCCACACCACACACACCCUCACGUCGGGGGCUCACACACUUUUCCUCUAAGCUUAAACUUUGUGUAUUAAUAUCCUAAAAAUGAGCACGAUCCUCACUUAGCUCAUUUUUAUUUAUUUUAUGUUUUCAUAGCUUUUGUUUUCCUUCCUCUGGUUAUUCUUGAUGCCUCCCCCCCCCCUCCCUCCCCAUGUUUGUAUCUUCACAAAUCCCGAUGAGGAUCUGAGAACCUUUGGAAACUGGUCUUAUGAUUCACUCAGUGUGAAAGUCUUAGAUUAUCUCUCCAGUGGUCCAGGUUCAGGACCCAGUGCCUUUAGAGUCUCUGCUCUUAAACUGGAUUUUUACACUGUACCCCCCCCCGCCCCCCCCCCCCCCCCCCCCAAGUAUCUGCCACUGCUUUUUGUUUUUUGGCCAUUGCAAAAUCAGAGAGGUGCACUCUUAGCAAUAAUGAACGUUUUAUUUUGAAAUUGUUCCACUUCUUUGAUGGCAGAACAAAUGAAUGAUGUACCUGAAGAAAUAUGUCGCUCCCUGCCCGGUGUUUCUGAAUAAAAGACAAAUUCAUGUGCUACCUGUA